AUGUGUAAAACUAAUGCCGUCAAAACGUUACAAAGGUUGUUCAAGUCAAACAAUUCAACGACUUUGUAUCAGUCACUUGUUUUAUGGGUUAUUCUCUUCGGUUGUCUCUUUCUUAUUGCUGGCCCAUUAGCACUCGAAUUGUCCUACUCAUUACCAUCAGUGAGACCACGAACAAUUCCUUCACAUUUGUUCAGUGAACAACGUGCUCGUGAUUACUAUUCCAAUCUGACUCAGCAUGGACCACGAGUGAUCAAUACUCGUGCUGAUUAUCUCACACGUGAUUUCCUCAUUUCACAAAUUCAUCGAAUUAGUUCUUCAACAGCGUCAGAUGUUCAAUUCGAUAUCAGUCUACAAAAUUUUACAACUCUUGAUAUUGAUCAGCUGCAAAAUAUUGUUGUUCGUAUUUCGAAUCCAUCAUCACAACCAGAUACACCAUGCCUUAUGUUAGCUGCUCACUAUGAUUCUGGUACAUUUAAAUAG